GUCUGUACAUUCUCCAUAUGCUCAGACGUGUAGACUAAAGACAGUGAAGACAUUAAGCCAUGUAGUAUAAAGAGUGCUUUUUAGCUGCCUUGAUUGCCAGUAUUCCCUAGGCACAGCGCAGGUCUAGAGGUUUUAUAGAGCCCUACAAACAGGCCAACUCACAAGAAGAAGUUCUUGUGAAACCGUUACCGCAAUACUCUGAAGAAUUUCUGACUGUUAGCUUAGGGAGGAGUUUGGCCACCAUGGCUCGCAUAUGGUGUUCAUAUCUUCAUCUCCUGGUGGUCAUUCUCUCCACGAUGUGUGCCGUGAGCUCAGCAGUCGUUCAGGAAACUACCGUACCACCGACAAUGAGUUCUGGGAUGAGUACGAAGCAGCAGGAUCAAUAUAACUGCCUUCAGGCGUGGUUGGAAGUCGCCGGUGCCAGCCAGGAUUAUGCUAGUCAGCUUGUUGCAAGUAGGCACGUUACUCGCUUUGGUCUUGACGAGAAGAAGAUCAAGUCGUCCGAUACAUACUUCAUCAGUGUUAUAUUGGACUUCGAUGGUGAUUUGGCUGAAAAGCUGAAACAAUGCGUAGACCGAAACGCGACAUGUCCAGCGUCCUCUACCCCGUCCGUGCUUCCCUGCUCCGCCCGUGGCGUAUGCCUUCACAACGCCACCAGCGAAACACCUCGGUGUCAAUGUCCUCUGGGACUUGUUGGAGAGCGAUGUGAGACUGAUAUUGACGAGUGCGCAGUACCACAGCUAAACGAGUGUGAUGAUGCUGAGCGCGCAAGAUGCCACGAUACCCAUGGAUCGUAUGUAUGCGAGUGUCUUCAUGGUUACUAUGGAGAUGGGCGGCGUUGCGAAGAUGUAGACGAGUGCCAAGCCGGAGUGCACCGUUGCCAUCAGCACGCACACUGUAAUAACACGUUGGGACAGUACACCUGCAAGUGCAGCCAUGGUUACCUUGGAAACGGAAGGUCAUGUGAAGCUGACCCGUGUUCAGGCGAGAGUAAUUCCGGUCUCUGUCGGCGAGUACUACAAGCAGAGAAACAUAACAAGCGUUUGGAGCAGAAACUAAAGCUGCGCGAUGGCCAGAUCAACACUUUCCGUAAACAAAUAGAAAAGAUCACGGAGAUAUUCCGAGAACAUCAUGACUCCGUGGAUCGUGCGAUGCUGUCCAUGAAUUCUCGACUGGAACACGUCGAAACAAGGAACGAAACGAAUUUGACUUGCACGAGGCCAACACUGGGGUACAAGUAUCAGAGUCGUCGUUCUGGUGCAAGCGGUAAACAGAACGGCCAAAUCGCCUCAAUGAGUUUCAGGAAGAAACACACGGAUACAGUUUUGAGGCUAUCCUACUCCGGGACUAUACGUAGUUAUCACGGUGGCAGGUCGGUUUAUUGGUUAUUCAAAAUCGACAAUAAACAGUGCACACGGCCUACGCACAUAGAUAUCGUGAUGUACCAAGCCUCACAAGCUGACAAUCACAUCCCAUCCGUUCUGACUGGUGUUUGUGAGUCCGUUGAGUCUAAUGGUGCAGCCUUGUCAGCUGGGAAUCACACGAUAUCUGUGCACAUCUCCGAUGGUCGGGGCUCAUCACACUCAGGCUACCGAUCGACUUCUAUCAUGGAAGUGCAAGAGGUAUGCCGUCCAAAUUGACCUGCAUUACCCUUCAUGAUACCACUGCAAAGCACAUUCUUUAGCUUACAUACUCUGUUCGUCAUCCUUUACACUCUUACUUAGUCAUUUUUUCUUCUCAAUCUCCAUGCUAGUACUUGAGAUGUACAUGGGGACGGUUUGCACGGUAUAAGUAUGAGAAUGCCCCCAGAACCAAUUCGGUUUGUUGUGAAAAAGGAGAACAAAACGUUACGAGUUAUGACUAACUGUCCACCAACGUAACCAGAUCGUAUACAGUCAGUGAGUGCGAGUUGGUGGACAGUUAGUCAUAACUCGUAACUUUUAGUCCUCCUCCUUUUUCACCAUAAUUUAAUUGGCUCACCAUCCGAGUUCGGUUUUUUUGUGUUUUGUUUUGUUUUGUGUUUGAAUUAUUGUAGUUCAAUAGUACAAUGUACCACUUCAAAGAGGGUGUAGUCAUUGCUUCAAUGCGUAUGGAACCCACUGCGGGUGUUUUACUUGCUUUAUUGUUCAUAGUAGGACAAACAUGCCUGUUUUGUGUGUCUAACUGCCAAUAGUGGUGCAUACAUAUCACCAGAGUGCUCAUUGGUUAUCUGUAAAAAAAAACGAAUUAUGUCUUUACCAUGUUUGUGAUUCUCUGUUCUGCUGAUACACACAAAAAUCGCCAGUUUCCAAACUGGGAAACUUCA